AUUUCAAUCAAUUCAAAAUUAAGCCCAUGAAUCUUAUUCCAAUAAAUAAUUCAUGGGUAGCUCAAGAUACCCGCUUGAGGAAAUGAUUGAUAUAUCAAUCUAUAUUUAUGAUAUGUAUGAUAUAGAGUAGGAACAGAUAUAUAUGUACGAUAUUAAUAUUUAUUAUAUUACGUAUUACACUACGGAAUUGUAAAAAAAAGGGGGAGAUUCCCAAUUUUUCCUAAGAUCCCCCUUUUUUCCUAUUCAUGUCAUACAUCGCCUUUAUUUGCCCAGUCAAUUACGAAGAUUCAUAAUUUGGAUAAUAAAUAAUUGUUAUCCGUUUGGGACGCGCGACGAAACAACAAGAACUAUGUUCUGCGGAACCGUUGCUAUUUCAUUCCAUUCUAUUCAACAAUUGACCAAAAUUGGAAUUAAGAGGAGUUGGAUCAAUCAAUCAAAUCUUGAUAUGGGAUGAUUCGCUUUGAUGAAUCUCUUCGUUUGUAUCCAUGUGAGAUAAUGACAAAGACAAGAAAGAGUUCACGAAUCAGAUGAAAAAUUCAGUAGGUUAGGUGGGCCGAGCUACAUUACAUAUUAUAUGUGAACUCCGGUGUAUGCUUAGAAGGAUGAUUCCAGGGUCCGAUCCGAUUCAAUAGAAAUAAGAUGGCGAUGGUUUACAUUAUGGAAGAAAACAUGUAUAUGUGAUAGUAGAUAUUCAUAUAUAUGGACUACCCAUCUAUAUUAUUUCAUUCCCCAUCAACUUUCUAUUAUAUAGAUAUAGAUUCCACUUUAAUAGAUAUAGAUUCCACUUUAUUUAUAUGGAUUACGAUAUAUAAGCUCUUCCCUUUUUCGUCUGUGACUUUAUUGUAUAUGUGGAUUGAAUAUGAAGUUAAGCCUAUGAAUGCAUAUAGAGAAGAUGAAGGAGGGAGGAAUUGAAAGAGUGGGUUCGGAACAAAGAAAUAGAAGAACUAAUAUGGAUUUUCAAAGACUUGGAUAGUGAAUAAAAACGAGAUAUUGAAGUAGUUCUGAUGAUUCAGUAAUAUCAAAUAUCAUCACAUCACUUCUUAACUCAAAUUGGGUUCGGAGUUCUUAGUUUAGUUGUAUGGAUCUUAGUGAUGGAAUAUGAAAUAAUAAGUAAUGUAACUAAUUAAUAUAUAAUAUAAAUAUAUAACAUUAAUAAUAACAUUAAUUAUAUAUAAGAAUUCAUUGGUUUAUUUGAUUAUAUCAUUAACCAUUUCUUCAUUUUUUGUUGUGAGGAGCUUACCAUGAAUCCCCUAAUUUCUGCUGCUUCCGUUAUUGCUGCUGGAUUGGCCGUAGGACUUGCUUCUAUUGGACCCGGAGUCGGUCAAGGUACUGCUGCGGGCCAAGCCGUAGAAGGUAUUGCUAGACAACCAGAAGCAGAGGGUAAAAUACGAGGUACUUUAUUGCUUAGUCUGGCUUUUAUGGAAGCUUUAACAAUUUACGGGCUGGUCGUGGCAUUAGCACUUUUAUUUGCUAAUCCCUUUGUGUAAUCCUAGAAACGUGAAAAUGUGAAAAAUACGUACUUCUUUUCUUGCUUUGGCCCUGCCACUUCGCUUCUUCAAAUUAUAUCAACUCAACACUUCACUCCUACAAUCACUUCUUCCUUGAUCCAAUACUCCGGGGAAGUACUGAUUUGAGGAAUUAGUGGAUCCGCUUCCGCUCGCUUUCUUCUUUCCCGCCCUUAGUCCAAUGAAUGAGCAUUUUCCCUUUUUUAUUUAUUUUAGGAGGGUAUGUCGCAAUUGACACGAGACUUGGGACUUCAUAAGUGUCUUAUCGGGGAUCUAAAUAAGGAGUGAAGUGAUACAAAAAAGGAAAUCUUUUUUUAUUUUGUUAGUCCUAUUCCUAUCCAUAAGAUAAGAGGAGAGCAUAUGAAAAAUCUAACCGAUUCUUUCGUUUUUUUGGGUCACUGGCCAUCCGCCGGGAGUUUCGGGUUUAAUACCGAUAUUUUAGCAACAAAUCUAAUAAAUCUAAGUGUAGUGCUUGGUGUAUUGAUCUUUUUUGGAAAGGGAGUGUGUGCGAGUUGUGUAUUUCAAGAAUAGGCUGGAACCAACCAGCUGCACUUUAUAUUUUGCUAUUGUAAUCUAAUAAUAGAGAAAGGUGCACGAUCUCAACGAAUUACUUCUGAAUAAAUCAAUAAGUCCUAUGUAAGAACCAUAGCAUUUCGUGACUCGUUGGUAAAUUGGAUUCUCUAUUAACCAAUAAUGUGAGACCAUUUAGUUAACAUGGUUAAAGCUGAACUGUUUGAAGUCUAAGCACAACACGGUACUCUUUCUACCACUGCGUUAGUACAAGAUAAGAUGGUUUCAAAAUGCAUAAAUCAUUUUGUUGGGAAUUUAUUUGAUAUAGAACACUCAUAUCAAUAAAAUGAUUUGAACCAUUGACUGGAAAAACGGGUACCUCGCCCCUUCCUUUUUAUCUAAUGCUGAAUCGACGACCUAUGUGUAUAAAAUGAGAAAGAAUUCUUUUGGAUGUGAAGAAAUAAAAGAAACGACUUUGCUGACAAUUACAAGUUUUUUUGGUCUGGUCAGAAGAGCCCUCCAGAGAUCCUGGGUUUUCUUGUAUCAGUUUUUAUAUCCUGGAAUACGAACAGAGAAGAGAGGGUAGGCUCAUUAAGAAAGAGAUAUGGGAAUGCCCCAUAAGUAUAAGUAAUUUAAUUGAGCGUGAGAGCCAAAUGAAUCGAAAGAUUCAUGUUCGGUUCGGGAAGAGAUCGUGGAAGUUGUGGAAUUGAUGGGGAGAUAAUCUACUUUCAUUAAGUGAUUUAUUAGAUAAUCGAAAGCAGAGGAUUUUGAGUACUAUUCGCAAUUCAGAAGAACUAUGCGGAGGAGCCGUUGAGCAGCUUGAAAAAGCACGGGCUCGCUUACAGAAAGUGGAAAGGGAAGCGGAAGAGUUUCGAGUGAAUGGAUACUCUGAGAUAGAACAAGAAAAGAUAAAUUUGAUUAAUGCCGCUUAUCAGAAUUUGGAACAAUUAGAAAAUUACAAAAACGAAAGCAUUCAUUUCGAACAACAAAGAGCGAUUAAUCAGGUCCAACAACGAGUUUUCCAACAAGCCUUACAAGGGGCUCUAGGAACUCUGAAUAAUUGUUUGAACGGCGAGUUACAUUUACGCACCAUCGGUGCUAAUAUUGGCAUACUUGGGGCCAUGAAAGAAAUAACCGAUUAGUCCUUCUACUAUAGGAUAGGUAUUAUUUUUCUCCUUUUUUGCUUCCUAGAAAGAAUUAAGAGAUACUAAUGGUAACCAUUCGAGCCGAAGAAAUUAGUAAUAUUAUCCGCGAACGGAUUGAGCAAUAUAAUAGAGAAGUAAAGAUUGUGAACACUGGUACCGUACUUCAAGUGGGCGACGGCAUUGCUCGUAUUCAUGGUCUUGAUGAAGUAAUGGCAGGUGAAUUAGUAGAGUUUGAAGAGGGUACGAUAGGUAUUGCUCUGAAUUUGGAAUCCAAUAAUGUUGGCGUUGUAUUAAUGGGUGACGGUUUGAUGAUACAAGAGGGUAGUUCCGUGAAAGCAACAGGACGAAUUGCUCAGAUACCGGUGAGUGAGGCUUAUUUGGGUCGUGUUAUAAAUGCCCUAGCUAAACCUAUUGAUGGGAGGGGUGAAAUUUUAGCUUCUGAAUAUCGGUUAAUUGAGUCUCCCGCUCCAGGUAUUAUUUCGAGACGUUCCGUAUAUGAGCCUCUUCAAACGGGGCUUAUUGCUAUUGAUUCGAUGAUCCCUAUAGGACGCGGUCAGCGAGAAUUAAUUAUUGGGGACAGACAGACCGGUAAAACAGCAGUAGCUACAGAUACUAUUCUCAAUCAAAAAGGUCAAAAUGUAAUAUGCGUUUAUGUAGCUAUUGGUCAAAAAGCAUCUUCCGUGGCUCAGGUAGUGACUACUUUCCAGGAACGGGGAGCAAUGGAAUACACCAUUGUGGUAGCGGAAACAGCGGAUUCGCCUGCUACAUUACAAUACCUCGCUCCUUAUACAGGAGCCGCUCUGGCUGAAUAUUUUAUGUACCGUCAACGACAUACCUUAAUAAUUUAUGAUGAUCUCUCCAAACAAGCACAAUCUUAUCGCCAAAUGUCCCUUCUAUUAAGAAGACCACCUGGUCGCGAAGCUUAUCCAGGAGACGUUUUUUAUUUGCAUUCCCGCCUUUUGGAAAGAGCCGCUAAACUAAGUUCUCGUUUAGGCGAAGGAAGUAUGACUGCUUUACCAAUAGUUGAGACUCAAUCUGGGGACGUUUCGGCUUAUAUUCCCACUAAUGUCAUUUCCAUUACAGAUGGGCAAAUCUUCUUAUCCGCGGAUUUAUUCAAUGCUGGAAUCCGUCCAGCUAUUAAUGUGGGUAUUUCCGUCUCCAGAGUAGGAUCCGCAGCUCAAAUUAAAGCCAUGAAACAAGUAGCCGGCAAAUUAAAAUUAGAAUUGGCUCAAUUUGCAGAGUUAGAAGCCUUUGCGCAAUUCGCUUCCGAUCUAGAUAAAGCUACUCAGAAUCAAUUGGCAAGAGGUCAACGAUUACGGGAGUUGCUCAAACAAUCCCAAUCAUCCCCUCUCGCGGUGGAUGAACAGAUAGUUACUAUUUAUACCGGAACGAAUGGAUAUCUUGAUCAAUUAGAAAUUGGACAGGUAAAGAAAUUUAUUGUUCAGUUACGUACCCAUUUAAGAACAAAUAAGCCUCAGUUACAAGAAAUCAUAUCUUCUACCAAGGUAUUCACCGAGCAAGCGGAAGCCCUUUUGAAAGAGGCUAUUCAGGAGCAGAUGGAACUAUUUCUACUUCAGGAACAAACAUAAAGAAAUUGGUUAUUUCAUUUGGUAGAGUCUCUUAGUACGACAUAAAUUGUUGAGAAAAGAAAUGGCUCUGAUUCGAAUCAUUCCAAAUAUGUUUCUUGGAAUAGCAAUCCAAACAAAAUAGAUGUAAAUAAAUUGCGUCCAAUAGGAUUUGAACCUAUACCAAAGGUUUAGAAGACCUCUGUCCUAUCCAUUAGACAAUGGACGCUUCUCGUCCCGAUUCUCUUCUUUCUGAUUCCUCCUUUCCAUUCCCUGUUUGGAUAAAAACAGAAACAAUCAGAUUGUAUGCGUCUUAGGGAAUAAAGACGCAUAUUAAAAUCAAUGAUGGAUGUAUUAUGAUUCAUAUCGAGCGGGUAGCGGGAAUCGAACCCGCAUCGUUAGCUUGGAAGGCUAGGGGUUAUAGUCGACGUCGAUUCAUCACUAUUAACGUCUCUAAUUCAAAACCGAACAUGAAACUUUGGUUUCAUUCGGCUCCUUUAUGGAAUAAAGGAUAGAUUCCCCGAUUUAGGGCGUAAAGUAACCUAAACGAAAAAAUUGACGAUGUAUGAUAUUAGUAUGGAAAUGGAAAGGUAUGGAAAUCAAAGAAGGAAGUCAUAGCAAAUCGGAAUAAGAAAAAUUCGAUCCAUAACACCUAUGUCAGCUUUUCUGUCUGAAUGUAUCCAAAGCUAUUCGCUUUCUAGAUGAUCCCUCUAGAGGAGGGGUAUUAUAAAAACCCUUCUAGUUACUUCGUUCCCUAUUUCUACUGACAUGAAUCCUUAGGAAAAGAAUCUUAUUUCUACCGAGCUGAAACAAUAUAUGCCGAUGGCCCCGGUAAACCGAAGUCACCGUUUAAUAGCUAUUUGGCUUCAAUCUCCCCUUUACAAAAAUCGAAGAUCUAGUUACGAUUAGAAAUACACUUUUGUAUCUUCAUCCAUGGAUCUUUUACUCAUACUUAUCUAAUUCUAAUUGGAAAACUCAAAAAAUUAUGCUUCGCAAUUCCAUAAUCCCAGUUUUUGGAUGCAAAUCGCGAAAAUUAUAUUCUUCCCCAAUUGUGGCAUUGAUAGGAAAGGGUUAAACCCUUAUAAGAAAUAAAGUUUUUGAUCGGAAUAUGAAUGUAUCAAACCGAAAGAACCCUUAACUAUUUCAGUUGGUAAUAGAACGAAUCACACUUUUACCACUAAACUAUACCCGCUACAUUGUGAUUAUUGUAUAGGAAUGGCCCAUUUGUCGAACAAGGAGAUGAGGCGCGAUCAAGAUAUUGUGAAUAUUAGAGUGCUGACAUGCCCUGUCUCCGGGGAUACUUGAUGAAAUAGGGCAAGAGGAUAAAUAAAAAACCUUUUUGUUUUGCUGUAGAAGUCGUUACUCAGAGGUCCGAUAGAAUCGGCGAGGUUGGAACAGAAAAAUAAGUUUUGUGCAAUAAUAUAUAUAGUUAAGUUAUAGUUUAUAGUUCCAUUUUUUUUUUUGCUCAAGUUUAUUUAAACAAAACAAAGCUUGUCUCUUGAGUACUUGAGGGAACAUACAUACGCUUUUCCCAUUCCAAUAAAAAAAAGCAACGAUGAAUCAAAGGAAAAAUAAGGAAAUAACAAUAUAAUAAAUUUCCUUCAUAUCAUAGAAAUCGAAAUAGCUCUUGUUGCUGCUUCAACUCAAUAACAUAUUGAGUUUUCCAAUUUCUCAUUUUAGGUUAGGUUGAAAAGGGGGGAAUGGCCUGGCCAGUGCCUAGCCAGGCCGGGAGAACAAAAGAAUAACCUUUCGAACGAAAUAAAAUCAAAGAGGGAUCUUUUUUUCCUUUUUUCCUUUAGAGAUACCUGUUUUGAAUGGUUGUAUAAAUAGGAUUUCUUAUAAAAUUCAUAUAUAUCUCUAGAAUAAAGAAAAAGAAAUAUGAAUCUUUACUUCACACGUCGUGUCACAUAUGAAUUAUUCAUUUUUUUUUUUUUCAAUUUGGAGAGAUGGCUGAGUGGACUAAAGCGGCAGAUUGCUAAUCUGUUGUACGAGCUAUUCGUACCGAGGGUUCGAAUCCCUCUCUCUCCGUUUCCUACGCUCACUUGAUAUUUAUCUUUCUCAUUCUAUAAACCCCGAGUCCCUUUGGUUUGGUUGGAUUGAUGAUUUCAUUUAAAUAAAUGAAAUGUAUGGAAUAGAUAAAAUUUUAAGUUAAGAAGAUGGAUUUAGAAACCAAACCAAAAAAGGAAAGAAAAAAUCUAUUAUUCUUUAUUCUUCGCGUCCAGGAUUACGUCCUGGGUCAUUAGACAGGAAUCCGAAGAUGAAGAGCGAAACAAAGAAUAUCACCACCGUAUAAACGAACAGUUUGAGAGUAAGCAUUACAAAUCUCCAAGACCUGUUGGGGGAGAAAAAGGGAAUAGAUUCUCAACCUUUGUACCAUCUCAUUUUUUGAUACCAAGAAACGAAGUGGUUUUUAGAAAAGAAAGGAAUUAACAGGAAUUCAAUUCAUUUGUAUUGUAAUAAAAUAAGGUUCUGAUUCCUUCGUUACCAAAAAAAAGAAUCUCGUCAUACCUACAAUGCGAUUUGUUGAUAUUGCAUUGCGGGGGCUCAGAAUACCGUAUGCGCUCCAUGGAUGGAGGGUCAGAAUGAGGAAAUGAGGUGAUCCGGAUUCACGGAGUCUAUUGAAGAAUGUUCAAUGUUUGAAUCGAGGGUUCUUGUCUUAAUGCACUACUUAUCUCAUCUUUCUUGGUAAAAUUGGUAAAAUAUUUUUUUUUUUUUUUUGAAUAAGUCAUGAAUCUUU